GCUCUUCCGCCCGGCCGCCCGUAAGGGGAGUUCAAGGAGACGCGGCGUCGCGGCCGAGGGCACCUCGCGGCGGGGUCGGGGCUGCGCCACCAUGCCGGGCAUCGUGGAGCUGCCGACUCUGGACGAGCUGAAGGUGCAGGAGGUGAAAGUCAGCUCUGCGGUGCUCAAGGCCGCUGCCCACCACUAUGGUGCCCAGUGUGACAAGCCCAACAAGGAGUUCAUGCUCUGCCGCUGGGAGGAGAAGGACCCUCGCCGGUGCCUGGAGGAGGGCAAGCUUGUCAACAAGUGUGCGCUGGACUUCUUCAGGCAGAUUAAGCUCCAUUGUGCGGAGCCCUUCACGGAGUACUGGACCUGCAUCGACUACUCGAACCUGCAGCUGUUCCGGCACUGUCGCAAGCAGCAGGCCAAGUUCGAUGAGUGUGUGCUGGACAAGCUGGGCUGGAUCCGACCCGACUUGGGCGAGCUGUCCAAGGUCACCAAAGUGAAGACAGACCGGCCUUUGCCCGAGAAUCCCUAUCACUCGAGACCCAGGCCGGCACCCAACCCCGAGAUCGAAGGCACCCUGAAGCCUGCCAAGCACGGCAGCCGCCUGUACUUCUGGAACAUGUGAGACAGCCCGCAGCCCACACUUAGCCGCACUCGGUCACGCGCCCGGGUCACCGGCGCAUCCGCGUCCUCUGAUAGAGCGUUCUUUCCGGGAUCACAAACGUUAACAGAAAAGUUAAUUUAUGUGACUUGGCAGUUGGUCUGUACUGUUUCCUGGCCAUUAAAAAAUUUGAAAGGAAA